AUGAUCAACUUUGUCGCCAGAAGUUUUCAAGAAAACAAGGCUUGGGCCGAGCAUCUGGCUCUGAACCCCCAAGCCACCUCUCAGCUGAUUAGUGACAUUGUCGCAAAGGCGAAUGGGGUCUUUCAAUGGGUCUCUCUUGUUCGGAUCCUGUUAGAUCUCCUGACAGGUGGCGAACCGCCAACCCAGGCUGUCGACAUUCAACAGGUUCUCCAAGAUCCCCCCUCGGAGCUGGAAACCCUCUAUGAGACGAUCUGGGCUAGAGAUAAGCCCGAGAACUUGCCCAUGGGUUCCUUCAUGAUGCAAAUUAUGAGGGCCGUUAGGGGUCCCGUAUCAUUCAUGACCAUGUGGCUUGUUGAGUGCUUGAAACAGUGCUCGGUCCAGGUUGAGCCAUACUCAACUUAG